AUGGCCGAUGACAUUGAGACCAGCUAUCAGGCCGCCAUCGAAGCUGGCAAGAUCAACGGCGCUGUUCUUUGUGCCACAGACGUCGAAGGGCGCUUUCGUUAUAACAAUGCUCUCGGUGAACGCACCCUGCUAUCUGGUGAGAAACGCCCGCAGCAGCUAGACGAUGUAUUGUUUCUGGCAUCUGCGACCAAACUGAUCACCACCAUUGCCGCCUUGCAGUGCGUCGAGGACGGCCUGCUGAGCUUGACCGGUGAUCUAUCGUCUGUCGCCCCGGAACUGGCCAAAAAGCAAGUCCUUACAGGCUUCUCCGAGGAUGGCGAGACUCCAGUCCUUGCGCCGCCAGCCCGUCCCAUCACACUCGAAAUGUUGCUCACGCAUAGUGCGGGUACCCCCUAUCACUUUCUCGACCCACAAAUUGCCCGUUGGCGCGAGAAGUUUGGUGCUUCAGAAGAUCAAACCGGUCUGUCUGUUGAGGAACUGUUUUGCUAUCCUCUUAGCUACCAGCCCGGUAGCGGCUGGAUGUAUGGCCCGGGCCUCGACUGGGCGGGUCGCAUCGUGGAAGAGGUGACCGGUCGCACGCUCGGCGAGUACGUACAACAGCGCAUCCUGGGCCCGCUAGGGAUCAACGAUGCCCAAUUCUACCCCGUCACGAGAGACGACCUGCGAUCGCGCCUCGUCGAUCUCAACCCGCAAGAUCCGGAGGCGCUCGGCCGCGCCGUGCUCGGCGGCGGCGGCGAUAUGAACAAGCGCGCCCGCGGAGACUUUGGCGGCCACGGCUUGUUCAUGUCGGGCGCCAGUUAUAUCAAAAUUCUGCACUCGCUGCUCGCCAACGACGGCCAGCUGUUGAAGCCUGCAACUGUCGACGAUAUGUUCCAGCAACAUCUCAGCCCCGAGGCGAGCGCGGCCCACCAGGCGGCCGCGGUGUCUCCCGCGGGUGUUCCCUUCCGCAUAGGCGUCGAUACAGGUGUUAAGAUCGGUCAUGGCCUGGGAGGUCUACUCACGCUUGAGGAUCAGGAAGGCUGGUAUGGGGAGCGGACGCUGACCUGGGGCGGCGGGAUGACGCUCACCUGGUUUAUUGAUCGAAAGAAUGGACUAUGCGGCGUCGGCGCUGUCCAAGCCACUCUUCCUUUGGACAUGGAUGCGGCCGCUUCGCUGAAGCAGACCUUCCGUCGGGAUAUUUACCGCAAGCAUGCGGCAUGGAGGCAGCAGCAGGAGGCGUGA